AUGGCCCCACUCAUCUUCGAGGACUCCGAUGUCCUCCCUUGGGACGCGCCAACCAACUGUCCACACAUAAUCAAAACGCACACCUUCCCCUUCUUGGUCAAUACCACGGAUCUGCAGAUCUGCGAAUCGGUUGCCACACUUAUGCACAACCCGAAUCACAAGUUUCCGGGAAUAUUGAAGGCCUUUCUGGAUCCCACGGUCAGGCAUCUCGAUUUAGUGCGAAGGAAAGUCGGGGCGACUGGGCUUGGGGUCCAGAAUCUAUCUAUUAGGAGGAAGGGCGAGAUAGUAGCUGCCGUCAUGUAUUUCCACAACGGGGAUGCGAGCAAGUUCUGCGAAAUAGCUUGCGCUUCGACCAUCCCCGCAUCCAAUGGUAGUUGGACCGUCAACUGGGGCUUUAGACGUGUGCUUCCCAAUGUCGGCGGUUGUCCUCAGUUCCCCAUACCGGCCAGUUUGAUGGUAAUGCCGCGGCCAAUGUAGCAUCAACUUAGACAGAAGCAAAUGGAGAAGCAGGGACAGGACAAGGAGAAUAGAGAGGCAAGAAGUAUGGAAAUAGGGCUACAAGUGGCAAAUUGGAUGGCCCGGUUUAUUCUGGUGGAUGAACUGUGGGAGGAGGGUUGGGGCCCAAGAGGCCCAAAGGUUGAGUUCAGUGCGCAGCUG